AUGGAUACACAGUAUUGGCCAGUAAGCACGCUGGCUCCAGAACAGCAAUUCGAUUCGGUGACCCUGGAGGAAAGACCGCUACUGUCAGCCGUUCUUCAGAUUAUGCCUCCGAAUGAAAUCUUCACGUUGCGAUCGACUCUGCUGAAUACUAUACGCAUAACUGCUUGGAUCCGUCGGUUCUCGUUCAACUGCAAACCCCGAAACAAAUUUCAGCGAAGGUGCGGCAUCAUAACAGCCGCCGAACACGAAGCAGCAUUACUAGUUUUGGUGCAACUCGCCCAAUCGGAAUGCUUUCCGCUGGAAUUGUCUGAUCUUGCGUCAAAAAAUGAAGUCAGAACAACAUCGAAGCUCCGAAACCUCAACCCGAUAAUGGUUGAUGGGACACUAUGCGUUGGCGGCCGGCUUGGAAAUGCUCCAGUUUCGCGAGGGCGUAGACACCCGAUUAUCCUGGAUAGCCGCCAUCCUUUAACGAAGCUAAUCGUAAUCGACUACCAUCACCGACUGCUCCAUGCAGGGCCUCAGUUGAUGAUAUCCUGCAUACGGGAAAGAUUCUGGCCACUGAGUGUGAGAAACUUGGCCAAAAGGGUGACGCAUGAAUGCGUCAAAUGUUUUAGAGCGAAACCAACGGUUCACGAGCAGCUGAUGGGAGAUUUGCCGAUUGAGAGAGUUUCGCCUGCUCCUGCCUUCCAACGGGUGGGAAUUGACUACUGUGGACCCUUCGAACUGCAGCCUGCAACGAGGAAAGGCGCUCCUGUGAAAUGUUACCUCUGCGUGUUCGUUUGCAUGGCGUGCAAAGCCGUACACAUCGAGGUAGUUAUGGACCUAACUACAGAAGCAUUCCUUGCCGCUCUGAGAAGAUUCGUCGCCAGACGUGGGAAACCAAUCGAAAUCUACUGUGACAAUGCGACAAAUUUCGUUGGAGCACGGAGGCAGCUGAGUGAGUUAGACCGCAUGUUUCAGCGACAGCAACUUCAAGAGCAGCUUUGCGCAGAAACCUCAAGAGACUCGAUAACGUUCAAAUUCAUACCGGCCAAGUUACCCAAUUUUGGCGGCUUGUGGGAAGCUGCGGUGAAAUCGCUGAAGGGCCAUAUGAAAAGGGUCAUUGGUAACAGGAUGCUGAAACCUGAUGAGAUGCACACCGUCGUAGCUCAAAUAGAGCCAUGCCGCAAUUCGAGACCUUUGAUUCCGCUUAGCAACGAUCCGAACGAUUUGGAAGCAUUAACUCCAGGCCAUUUCCUGGUGUAG